AUGUAUAACAAGUGUUGUGUUCCAACGUGUACUAGUAGACGAAAGGACGUCAGUUUUUAUAUGUUGCCAAAAAGUGAGAUAGGACUCAAUAAAUGGUUACAGUGUAUUAAUUGUGAAAGACUGCGAAGCUUGAGUUCCCAGAAACUUCGUAAACAUUUUGUUUGUCGCAAACAUUUUGAGAAGAGGUUUCUCGCAAUCACGCGCGAAAGAGUUCGUCUUUGCCCAAACGCCUAUCCAACGUUGUUUACUGUUAGCGAGAUGUCCACUGGUAUUCCGCAAACGGUUGCAAGAAUCGCCGUUGAAACUGAGAAAAGCAAUAAUGAUCACAAUUAUUGUAAAAAAAGGCAGCAUUUGGAUCACACCUACUGUAUUCCAGAAGUUGUAGAAAAACGCUUUAAGGCUUCAAAUACUGACAACACUGAAACGGAAUCAGAUAUAAAUUCCUACCAACAACCUUCUACAUCUACAUAUGAAAGUGGAACCAUGGAAGUACCAACAGCAGAUAAAAAUGCGCUUCAUUCUCCAAUAACAAGGAGAAAACAGCAUAUCAUACAGACAAAUAAGCUGUCACCGCAUUGUGCUAAGCUUUACAGGCAAUACAGAAAAUCACAGAGGCAGCUUAAUUUCAAAACACGAGCAAAACAGGCGGUGAAAUUUUCAAAAGAACAGUCAUUUGUAAAGCUCACAGAAAAAUUGAAUCCAAUUGCUAAAAAGUUUUUAUGGAUGCAGAUUAAAGAAUGUACUAAAAAAGCCAGGGGCAGGCGAUUUUCUGAUGAAGAAAAAUUGAUAGCAAUGGCGAUAAUGAAACAGAGCCCAAAGUGCUAUAGAUUUCUUCAUAGAAUAUUUAUCUUACCGUCAAAAUAUACCAUAAACAAAAUGAUAGCUAAAUUGAAUAUAGAAGCAGGAAUCAAUUUUCAAAUAUUUGAUGCUAUCAAAACAGAGGUCAACACUUGGGAUGAAAAGAAAAAAUAUUGUUCCAUACUGUUUGAUGAAGUGGCCUUAGAAGUGGCAGUGUCUUAUGACAAACAUAAAGAUUUAAUUAGUGGAUUUGUUGAACUUAACAAAAAAACAAGUGAUUUUGCUGACCAUGCCCUUGUCUUUAUGUUGCGGGGAGUUGUUCACAAGUGGCAACAACCCCUGGCCUUCUACUUCUGUAAAGGAGCAACUUCAGGAGUUGAAUUAAAAGAUAUUAUCAAGGACAUGAUAACAGCUGUAGGUAACACAGGACUUAGACCAGUGGCUCUAGUCUGUGAUCAGGGCACAGCAUUUCAAUCUGCCCUGAAGAGCCUUCAAGAGGACACAAGGCGAGAGCAAAUAAUUUCAGGUGAAAGGAUUGAUGACGUGAUUGUAAUUAAUGGCCAUACACUUAGUGUAAUUCAUGAUCCACCUCAUCUAAUAAAAGGAUUAAGAAAUAAUUUCCUAAAUAAAGAUAUAAAAUAUAAUGAAAAGAUUUCAAAAUGGAGUGACAUUGUUGAAGUGUAUAAAACAGACUGCAAUCUUGCACAGAUGAGGCUUUUACAUAAAUUAAAUGAUGAACAUGUGAUUCCAGAGAAAAUUAAAAAGAUGAAGGUUAAAAAUUGCACUAGAGUGUUUAGCAAGACAGUAGCUGCUGCGUUAUCAUAUACUGCUCAGUUUUCUCAUUAUGCAGAUGGAAAGCAAGUAAGCUCAACUUUGAAAAAUACAGCUGAAAUUAUAUCAUUCUUCGACGACCUCUUUGACUCAGUUAAUGGAACUUCAUAUAAUAAAACAUCCAAAGGAAAAGCUUUAAGACAAGCAGUAACGGAAAAAUCCUCACAUCACAAAUUUUGGAGGGAAGCAAUCCUAAAACUGCAAAGCAUAAAAUUUAUAGAUAAUCAAGGUAAAGAAACAUCUGUGCCUUCAUUAAAAAACUGGAUAACAACUCUCAAAAGCUACCAGAGAUUAUGGCAAUAUCUAAGUGAAAAAAAUAUUAAAUUUUUGCGCCCGCGGUAUUUAAAUUCUGAUCCUAUUGAAAACUUUUUUGGACAAAUGCGUGCGUACAAUUUUAGAAAUACGAAUCCAAAUUGCCAAACAUUCAAAAGUACCUUUAGAUCACUGUUAAUUACAAGGUUUAUAAAGUUCCACUCAGAUAGUUAUAAUUGUGAAGAGGAUUCUGGUGAACAAUUAUUAAAAUUAAAAUCAUUGUUUUGUACAAAAGAAAAAUCUGAUAAUACUAAGCAAAUCCAUUUAUUUGAGUCCUCUGAGCUAUCGAGUUGGGUAGAAAGUGAAAGUUCAGCAAAGCAGGAAACAAUUAAUGUUCACUCACGUGCAUAUACCGCUGGGUGGGUCAUAAGAAAUAUACUAAAAAAUAAUAAUUGUCGGCAAUGUGAAGCUGAUUUAACAAAUAGGGAAUCCAAUUAUGAUAAAAGUUCUAUCAAUAAUUGGAUUUACCUUAAAGAAUUUAAAAGUAUAAAAGAAAAGAAACUGAUCUACCCUUCGGAACAUGCCGUAAGAUUUUUUGGGAUAAUAACACAAAAAGCAAACAAAUACUUAGAAACCAAACCUCAACAGAGUUAUAUUAUAAAAAAUAUAAAAACUCUCAUCAAGUCUAAGUAUUUGUUUGACUUUAUAAACUGCGAACUGCAUAAAGAUGCUGUUUCUGAACACUUUUUAACAUUAACUUUAAGAUUGACAGUGUUUAAUUGGUGCAAUGUCAUAAAUAAAAUAUUGAAAGGUACAGAUGUCCUAAGAUUAGAAAAUAAAGCUUUACCUCAAAUGCAAUUAAAAGCUCUUAAUAAAUUAAAAACAAAAUUAAGAAAUAAAAAAAUAUUUAAAUAA